UGAAUGAAUUCGUAAAGAUGAAUGCAUUGUUUACUUUCUACGAAUCGGAAAGUUUACAAGACGUUUCACGUUAACCAUUUUAGAGUGCCAUGGGAAAGAUAAAAAAAGAAUACAGAGAAGAAAAGAUGGAAUCAUAUGGGUACACAAGUCACACUAGUGAAAGUUCACAAAGUUCUGGGAGCAGUGAAUCAAGUAGUAGUGAUUCUGAAAGCAGUGGUAGUACGGGAAGAAAGCGAAAGCAUAUAAAAAAAAAGAGUAAAUACAAGAGGGAGAAAAAGAAACGAAGUGACAGCGAAGAAGAAGUUGAGUAUGUUGAAAGAGAGAAGAGAAAAAAGAGAAAACAUGCAAAACACAAAGAUGCUGAUGAGGCUUCUCCUGAUGAAGAACAUGCAAGAGAUGAGGAGCGUAAACACAGGAGCAGAAAGCAUAAUAAACACCAUCAUCGCAAGCACAAACACAAACACCGGCGACAUCGUCAUCAUCGGUCAGAAGAAGAGUAUCAAGAAAAAAGACGAGAAGCAUCUCUCGAAAGAACAGAUAACAGAAAGGAAAGAGAAGAUUGUGAAGAAAGGAAAGCUAUCUAUGAGAAGGGUGAAAAGGACAGAAAAAAUGAUAGAGAAGGUGAUAGGAGAAAUAAGAAGGAGGAGAAGCGGAGUAAAGAAAGAGGAGAGAGCAGCGCUCCCUCAUUCAGUCUCAAGUCAGCUGGGCAUGACGUCACCGCUGUUACGCAAGUGAAAAGCAAGUGGGAUGAUGAUGAUGAUGAUGUUCAAAGUAAUGUAAACAAACGUAUAAAGCCUGAUGUAGAUGCAGAUGCAGAGGAAUCUCGAGAACAUUCUAGAGUUAAGCAAGAAAAAGAAGUUAAAAAACGGAGAGACAAAGACAAGGGAUCAGAGAAUGGCAGGUGGGGUAUGGCAAAUGUAGCACAAAAUGUUAAAAACGAAGAAAAUAAUUCACAAGUUAAGGAAGAAUUGCAGAAACCUAACAUGGGACUUUCAGGGAAGCUCUCAGAAGAUACGAAUACCUUCAAUGGUGUGGUCAUUAAGUACUCUCAGCCACCAGAGGCCAGAAAACCUAAGCGGCGAUGGAGAUGGUACAUAUUUAAGGGUGAGGAAGACUUGCCGUUUUUACCGUUACAUCGCCAAAGUGCCUACCUUAUUGGACGUGAUCGUAAGGUAGCAGACAUACCCACUGACCACCCGUCCUGCUCCAAACAACAUGCCGUCCUGCAGUACAGAUUAGUUUCAUAUGAACGAGAAGAUGGUACAAAAGGUCGCACAGUCAAACCUUACAUCCUGGAUUUGGAAUCUGCCAAUGGCACUUACGUAAACAAUCGUAGAAUUGACCCUCGGCGAUUUGUGGAACUGGUAGAAAAGGAUGUUGUCAAGUUUGGUUACAGUUCACGAGAGUAUAUUCUACUCCAUGAGGGAUCAAAAGGAGAUGAUGCUGAUGUGCCAGAUAUGGGAGUGGAUUUAAGCCCUGUAUCGCUUCUGAGGAGUUGAAAAAUAUCAAAAUUUCUCUCGCAAACCAGUUACAAAGCUAUAUGGGGUACUGUGCGGGGGGGGAUUUUUUUUGUGAUUUUUUUUCUUUAAAGGAAGUGUUAUUGAAUAUGUAUUGAAAUAAAUUUUUGUAGAUAUUUUUGAGUAAGUUCCAUUUACUGUGAAAAAUAUACAGGUUGUAAGUUUUGAGAUACAGUCCUCCUAUCAAAUGUUUCUGGUAUGACAUUGAGGUUAAGAGAGCCUCUUUUUCUAGUGUGUACAGUGUAUUUGUAUUUCAAUAGUAAGGACGACUUAAGAUUUUUUUAUAAUUACUAGUACAGAAAGAUUACAAAAGUGGUACAGACAUAUUACAACAGUGGUACAUUUAAAAACACUAAAACCAUAUUUUUUAUCUGUAAACUUGAAUUAUAUUGUAGGACAGUACUGUAGUUUUCUUUUACUACUGUAAGUCAACCUAUGAUGUACAUUUUAAAAGUGUCCUUUAUCUUUAGAGAAUGUCAUAAUAAUUUUUGUCAUGUCAUAUAUCAUGGGUAUGUCUUGUUAUUUAGAAAUUCAGACUAGCUGUUGAUCUCUUGAUAGGUGUAUACUUAUACAUACCUGUAUAGCCUAUUCCUAUAACAUAAGGUUGGCUCUGUAGGUGACAGUACAACAAGCAUCACAUUCAUAUUUGAAAGAGAAAUUAACAUCAUUCAUCACUCCAUCAAAAAUAACUAUAAAAAUGUGCUUUUCCUGUAUAUAAUGUACCCCAGCAUUUGUGGAAAAAAUAGCACAUACUGUAAUUAGAUGUCAUGUUUACACUAUUACUUCAUGGGACUAUAAAAGAAUUACAGUGCAGUACACAAAAUUAUUGUCCUUAUUUUCGUUUCUGUUUUCUGGAAAGUGAUAUCCCUUUGUAAUAUAUAGACAGGGAAAUUGUGUUUAUUAUAUUUAUGGCUAAUAAAAAGAAUUUUAU